AUGUUACUAGCACGGUCACCGGUUAGGCGACCCGUUAACUUGCCGUCGAAGUCAGCUGAGGCGCGUAAAGCGGACCCUGCGGCCCCUCAGGCAUCUCCAGCUGCUCCGGGCACCUCGUCUACCGACUUCCACCCAAUGUGGAAACCAAUAGCAGGCAGCGCUCCUGAUGACAGUUCUUUAGUUACGUCGUUACCUCUCUCCCAACGUACCCAGUCGAAUGUUACAGAAGAAGGGGCCGACUGCCCUGAACGAGUGCAAACACUGGCAUUGAACAUAGUCAGCACCCUAAGGCAGGCUAAAUCCGUCUCUGCCGAUAUGAGAAACAAAGCCAUCGACUCAGCAAAUCAAAUUGCUCGGCUAGCCGGGAAUUUCAUGGCCAGCUAUUUAAAGGAGAUGGAAGCAGAGUCCGCUGCACGCGAACAGGAGCUCAUGUGUGUACGCAGCGAGCUUAAUGAAAUCAAGGCCCUCUUAGACAUAAAGAAAUCGGACAAAAACGGUGGAGGUGGACGGACAGGCCUUAACUCAGGACUCACAGCUGCAGCUCUCGACCCCAUUAUGAAGGAGAUUCGCAGUCUAAGGGAGGAGCUGAGUAAGCGGGAAAACGUCUGUUCCACAACACACGUCACCAGAGAAGAAUUAGAUAGGAUUCUUGAGGAAAAAUUAGAAGCCAUCAAAGCUGAUAUUUCCACCGCAAAAACUGCCAUCCUAGACAUGAGAGAAGCCAGGCACGAGGAAGUCAUGUCUUUGAUGCACGAACAAGGCACUGCACUCGAUGCGGAGGUUGCUAUUAUCGAAAUCAAAGAGCAAAUCGAAGAAGUCCGAACAAAAGUUCAAGAAAAUGCUAAGGCGAUCAGUGACUAUGCUGAGCGACCAAAUUCCAAGAAGCCAGUCGAUCCGUCAACAGCAACUACAGCACCUGUCACAAAAACCAAACCAGGCAAUCAGGUCAAUAGAAAUAAACCGAGUCGUCCUAGAAGCUAUGCCGAUGCUCUGAGCAAACCGAACUAUGCGGUCUUGAUUGAAUCGGCCGACCCUAGUAAAACGUCUGAGGACGUCAUAAAUCAAGUCAAGCAAAACGUAAACGUCAUUGAUUUAGGCAUCGGUGUUAAUAGAGUUACAAAGAUUAAAAAUCAAAAGGUGAUCAUGGCAUGCGGAUCCCAAGAGGAACGUAGUGCACUUCAAGAGGCGAUACGCCAAAAGUGCACACAAAUAUCGGCCAGAAGUACGAAGGAUAGACUUCCACAAAUUAAGCUUGUUGGAGUCAUAAACAGUCUCACAGACUCACAAAUUGAGAAGGCGGUCAUUAGUCAAAAUCGUCAUUUGCUUGGAUCCCUUCCUCCCAAUUCACAGGUCAGGGUUCUACGCAGGACUAAAGGUAGAACCCAGGAAUUCAAAAAUGUAAUUCUGGAAGUUUCACCGUCCAUCUGGAAAAUAAUUCAGGGGCAAAAGCUCUACAUCGACCUCCAAUCAGUACCGGCAGUAGAUCAGUCGCCUCUGAUUCAAUGCUACAAAUGUAUGGGCUACAAUCACAGGGCGGCUGAAUGCAAAGAACAGACCAGAUGUGGUUAUUGUGCCCUAGAACAUGACACUAGAGAAUGCCCCAAUAGGAACUCGACUCCCCAGUGUUGCAAUUGCAAAAAAGCGAAAAGAGAACUCGAGCCGCAUCCAUCGUACAGUCAAGACUGCCCCGACUGGCAGAAAUGGGAUGGCAUAGCAAGAGCUGCUGUCCUCUACUGCUAA